AUGGAUUUUGUUAAACGGCUCCAGAUCUACGGCCUUGAUUCCGGCAUUCCAUAUCAGUUUCCCGUUGCGGACUUAAUGGGCUCAAAACCUGAUUUAAUUGCUGGAGUUGGUGAUCCUCUAAUAUAUAGAACUAUUUGCACCAAGAAGAGUUCAACCUUACCGUUUUUUGUCAGGCAGUUGGAAAAUGCUAUUAGUGAGGCAGAGAAAUCAGUCUCAUUCAAAACAAACCUUCUCAAAUGGGCGAUUAAAGCGGACAAUUUGACGAUGGCCUUGAGUCAAGCUCAAUUUAUUAUUUUAAAAUCGAGUGAGAUUGAAAUGCUAAAGAAUGUUCAUCAGCGCAUUACCAACUGGGAGGAAAAUUCAAAAGGCGUUUCACAACGACAGUGUGAGGAUGGAGUUAUCACUUUGUUAAAGAGGGGUCUUCAUUUAAUUGAAGAUGUACCGUCUAGUGCCUUGUAUGCUGAAUUCAAGCAACUUGCAGAGUGCUUGGGCGAUGACGCAGAUGAGUCGUUCGAUAUUUUUCAAUUGAAGACGAUUGGUAAGGAUGAGAAAAUGUGCCUUAUUAGAAAGUUCAUUAUGGAGAUGUGCAUGGAAACGCCACUCCCCGAAGGAAUGCAACAAAUAGCUUUCGGUGAAAGUAGUGCUCGGAGUUCCAGUGGGGCACGUACAGUUGGCAAAUCACCCGACGUUGGUGACUACUCUUCUCUUCCAUCCAAAUAUCAGGAUUCUGCAUUUUCUAACAAAGACAUGAACGAGGUGUCCCCAUCGGGUGAAAAUUUAAUCAUACAGAAGGAGGUACCAGUGGUGCCUGAAGUUCCUUUAACACAGCUGGUAUCGAACGAAAUCCCCGAUUCGAAUGAAAGACCGCAGUUAGUGGCUUCCACCGCUAAAACUACAUCAUAUUAUUCAUCACAGUUCCAAUCUCUCUGGUUUCGCAACGACACCUCAAAGACGCUUUUACUAGAAAAGGUUAGUCUAACACCUGCCACGAAAUCAAACGCCAGAGCGCGAAAGAAUGAUAGUUUGAGUGCAGGCCGCAGAUCUUUUGACCAGUUGGACAAGAAGUCAGUCACGGUUGAGCCGAAUGCACCUCCCGGCGAAGAACGCGAUAAUUUGAGGAUUGCUGCAACCUCUGUGGAAGGGUUUCGAGGGAACUUUGCUCGAGGCAAUAAUGAUCUUCGCAGUUCAACUGGAGGACAUCACUAUAAUGAAUUUCAACAGGGACUGUUGACUAGUCCUCAUGUACCCUUAGAUAGCGAAGAAAUUAUAACCAAAGAGGAAACAAGAGUUGAAUCUGAGGGGAACCACGUGUCAUCCAGUUCUUCAAGUGACCGGGAAAAGGCCCCCUACCCAUGGACCACCGAUAGUAACGGGGAAUCGGCGUUUCGAGGCUCAGCGCCCAUAAUACCGUGGUACCAGCAGCGCCUUAAUCAGGGCAACCUCUGGUGUCAGCGCAGUUCGGAGGCCGAGGAGCCUGGCAGGACCUCAGUGGGUGGAAGUCUCUCGCGCAGUAAUACCAAUCGCCAAAGCCUGCGCAGCUUUCUCUUCAAUGGAAACGCAGAACAAAACGUCGGAAGCAAAAAGACGAAAGAGGAAGUGGCGCCGGUCACACCGUUGAUGGUGCCUCCGUCCGGAGACGAGCGAUCCAUUUCGCGCAACAGUUCGCUGAGCAGCAUUUCGCCUUUCCGCCCUUACGACGAUAAUGUCUUCAACGGAACCCCGCGCUCUCAUUCACCUGCGGCCAAACUGCAUCGUAGCCGCUCGACCAGCGAGACCUCUGAUGUGGCCGUCAUAGGCGUCAGGGAGCGAGUCAUCGAGCUCCAGCAUCGAAGCGCUACUGCUUCUCCCUCGGCAGCUACAAAACAGCACUUCCCUCCACUCAGUCUCAUUCCACAACUGCGUCAACGGAAGUCUGAGCUCACAGUUGACUGGCUGGAGCGCUUAGAGGGCCAGUUGAAGCAGUACAUGGAGUCCUCCUGCCACGAGUAUAAUGUCAUUCUUCGCUGGAUCUUAUCCUGUGGUUCGAGACAAGAGGAUAGCUAUGCGGCAACCUCCCUGCAGACGUCAGUUGAGGAUCUUAAGCAUCUGAGUGGUGGUCGGGCGAGAAAAGUUGUCGUUGUGGGAGACACGGUGGAUAUCCCGAUCAUAUUUUAUCCAAUUAGUUACCGGAAAUACCAGAGAGGCUGCAGCAUUAUUUCCGCAGGGAGUGCCGAUGCCUUGGCAUUUGCCACAUUAUUAUACCUACUCGAAAAAGAAUUUGGGAUAAUUGAAGGAAUGGCUACUCUAGUGACUGGAUAUUCAUCUAAUCAACGCAUUGUCGACGGACCAAAUAGUAAUGAAUGGCGUUUAGGCCGGGGAGCAGCGCAAUCAAUUAUUCCCUACAAUUUAAAUAGGGUUCUUCAUACGAUUUCGCAGUCGAUGCCCGAUAUGGCUGAAAAGAUCUCGAUUACUGGUUGCUCUGUGCCGGUAGACUCAGGCAGUGCCAUCGACUUUACCUGCCGCCUUUCUCGCCCUGUUGCGAGCGUCAGCGAACUGGCGGAUAUCCUUAGAGAGAGUAACACUCUCAAGACCCUCGAGGUCAUUCAUACGAAGUGUCAACCUGGGUGGCUGCUCUCACAGUGGUGCCCCGAAAUUCCUGAACUAAAUAAAUCUGACCUUCCUGAGGUAGACUGCACAGCGGACCCCAACACGAUCAAGCGUUUUAAUGCGCAGAAAAUCCUUGAUUCAACAGCGGAGGAGGAGGUUUGCCUUGAGGCAAAAAGAGAGACGAAGAUCAGUAGACUCACUGCGCCGGAACCGUUACCACAGAAAUCCGUAGGGCUGGCCUCAGGAGUCGUGCAUUUUUGGCAGAACGAGGAUAACCGUUGUGUGGGAAGAGACAUUCUGUCCUCAGACUGUAUGAUGACAUUAGACGUGCACUCUUGCUUGUUGAUUCCGGAUGGUUCUCUCAUAAAACUGAUUGCAUGGUACGAUCGUGAUAUGUCUUUCUGCAAACGGAUUCUGGACCUACUCGUUUACAUGCGUCACGUGGACCAUAGUUAA